AUUUUCCUGUGUAAACUCAACUCGGAAUAAUUCUGAGAUAUACACGUGAGAUCACGUGGAUAACUCCAUUUAAACAUUUUUUUUUGUCCUGUGGAAAAACUCCAAACACUGAUCGCAGUGAGCAGCUGCGACCAAUCGCAACGCGAUAAAAUUGUACGCUCCCAGAGAAGCAGUCAAUCACAGGCCUGAGACAGAAGAACGCCACUUGUAUCGCACGUCCGUAACCGCGCGUGAUUGGCUAUGAUCGAUCAAAAGCGCGCGGACUUCCACGCGGCAUUGCAUGUCUGCCUGGGUCGGGGGUCGCGAGUGUCGCGAGCGGCGAAACGGGGUCCUGUGACGUUUGUGACAGUUUGUCUCGCGCACGUGUCCGCGGGUGAUCGCGUUCGUCGUCGACAGCGUUCAAAGCGGACGGAUCCUCGUCGCCGCCGUUGCCGCUGGCUGUCAUGACCAGCCGUGUUGAUUCCGCGCGAGGAAGUGCCACUGAUGAUCAAUAUAUCGCCGCGUUCACGUUACCUCUGCCGCCGCCGCCGCCGUUGCUGCUGCUGCUCCCCGGCACCGAGUGAGAUCUGGAGUCACCAGGUGACUCGGGCCGACGUCCGUGAUUCGCGAUGACGAGCAAGAAGAGUCACACCCUCCGCAUCGAGUCCGAGAUCGAUCGGAAUCGCGAGGAUGGCAACUGGAAGAAGGUUAUACAGCUCGCAGAUCAACUCAAAGUGCAGUACCCUAGCUACGAAUGUCUGGCGAAUUUCUUAAGUGGAGAAGCAAGAUUGGAAAGCUUUUUGGAGCAAACUCCGCCGAUAGACGCUAAUAUUGCCAAGGCGCGAAAUGGAUUGACGGAAACGCAGAAAUUCUUGUUGUUAGCUGCUAAUGAAAAAGAUAAACAGGCAUUAGUCGUGCUGGAUGCGCAUCUGCUGCUUGGAAAACUUCACUAUGCAAUGGGGAUGUAUGAGGAUGCGCUCCACCACUAUCAACAAGCCGAACUAGAUACACUUACAGAAAAGCAAUUACCUUGUCGAAGUUUACGUAUUAUAGCAGAGUCGUAUGCAAUUAAAGAGAAAGAAAAAUCGUUUACUUUAGACACUGACAAACAUUUAUCCUGCCGGAGACUGCGCAUUAUAGCAGAAUCGUAUGCGAUCAAAGGUCUCUGUCUGGAAAGGCUGCCACCAAACUCUAAAUCAAAAUACAAGAUUACAGAAUGGCAAGAACAAUUAAUUAAGUGUUACGAGAUUUCUGGCGACUUGACGCUGGUGUACUUACAGGAGCAAGAUAAAAUUGCUAUGCAGCAACAAAAUGGUAUUUCCACUAUAAACACAAAUAAUACAGGUACACUCUCCACACCAACUCCAGUUUCCACAAAACAUAUCGGCCCUAUUUUGGAGACUGCGCUACAAAGAGCACCAAUAUUGUACAUUCAAACCGGCAACAUACAAGCCGCUGUUAAUCGUUAUAGGGAGAUUUUAUCUGCUGUUGAAUCUACAACCACUCAAAGCUUGCGGGUAACGCUGACCAGGCAGUUGGCGGAAGUGUUGCUACGUGGUAUAGGCGCCGACUAUAAACCACCACAAGAAAACCAAACUGACACAAUGGCAGUGAGACGGGUGAAUCAUUAUUCGGGCGCCAAUCCGACGGAUUCGCCGUGGAAACCAAAGAAGUAUGCGGGACCGAAUAUGUUCGUCCCCAGGAAUGAGUACGAGGAGACAAUUCUGUUGCUGUUGAUCAGUGAGGCGAUGGCUGUGAGAGAUGCCGUUCUCAGCCAAUCGCCCGAAUUCAAGGAAGCCAGGAUACAUGCGUUUGAGAAUGCCACUGCUAUCUACGAUCUACUCACAGUUGUCGUCGUUAGAUGGAGUCAAGUGGAACUUUUACACGAGUCUUUUGAAAGAGCAAUGAAAUUCUCUCACGAAGAAGUGCAUAUAUGGACGCAGUACGCGUUAUGCCUGUUAAGUAUGGGAAGAUAUAUGCACGCAUAUAGAGUUUUGAAGGUAGUCGCCAGACUAUCGCCGCAGAAAGUAAUGCCUUGUCUGUUGGCGGCGAGGCUGUGUUACGAGCAAUUGAACUUGAUAAACGAAGGCAUUGAGUGGAGCCAAAAGGCUUUGCAACGAGAAAUGGCAAGUCCGCAAGGGAUGCAAUCUAGAUGCCACUUGUACAUUGGAAUUGGCCACAGUAUGCGUUCCACAAACACGAUCGUGAAGCAGGAUAAAGUGCAUCAUACAAACACCGCGUUAGAUUGCUUUCAGAAGGCGCAACAAUGCGAUCCCAAUGAUCAUCUAGCCGAGUAUUAUUUGGCUCAUGAGUAUGCGAUAAACAGACAGAUAACCGAUGCCAUUGUACACGUGAAAAUCGCGCUGAAUCUACGGGCAGAACACAUUCCGUCGUUGCAUUUAUUCGCAUUACUCCUUUCGGCACAUAAGCAGUAUUCUGAGGCGUUGCACGUAAUAAACAGCGUUCUGGAAGAAUACCCGGACAACUUAAAUUUCCUCUAUGUGAAAGCGCAUCUCGAAUUGCGAAGUAUCGGUGGCGUCGACGCUUUAUACACCAUCAGCCAUAUGCUACAUUUAUGGAAAAGUCUCUACGAGGAUCAGACUAACGUUAAUUGCAACGAGCAACAAAGCGAGAAACGCAGUGAAACUAGAAGCGUCUUUCAACUGUACACAUCGGAAAUGUCUGAUAAGGAUUCUAGUUCUCUGCAUGCGCAAUCAUUAGCCGCUUCGAGAGUUGAGCAAGCUCUUUCCGAGGUCGCCUCAUCAAUUAGUUCGUUCACGCCGAAGCCAGGGCCGCAAAGAGCAUGGCUGCUGCAAUUGCAGAUCUGGCUUCUACUCACCGAGGUUUUCCUUAUCCUGGACCAACCCAACGGCGCCGUUUUAUCCCUCCAAGAGGCAACCAAUAUCUUCCCGUUGAGUCACCACAUUAUGUAUACGCGUGGCCUUCUGCACGAGUACAAGUUAGAGUACACGGAAGCGAAGCAAUGCUAUCAAAACGCUGUUUCAAUUAAUCCUUCGCACAUAAAGAGUCUACAACACCUGGGUCUUAUUUAUCACUAUUUGGGUAGUCAGAGACUAGCUGAAAAAACCUUGAGGGAUGCCGCGAAAAUCGAUCCAAAUUCUCAUCAGACUUGGUAUAAUUUGGGAAUGGUGUUGGAAUCGUUGGGUGAGGUGGAGGCUGCCAGCGACUGUAUGGCAACGGCGUUAGAGGUCGAAACGACAAAUCCUAUUUUACCAAUUCUGUCGAUACCAGUGACUUUUGAAUGAUUCAGUUUCUUAAGGAAAUAAGAUUCAAAGUCACGGUUUACCUUUUCUCUAUACGUUUGUAUUUUCGCGGGCAUUCCCUCGCCUUCCCGUCAAUAGUACCUGGACACGUUGUACUAUUGUAUAAACUCAUUGUUAAAAGAAAAAAAAAAGAAGAUAUACUUUAACUGUACAAAAUAGUUACAAUCGAUGUAAUAAAUUCGAAUAAAGUCUUACCUUCAAAAUAUCGGAAAAA